UCCGGCCUCUUCCGAGUCGGGUUUUCAGUAGUCCCGGGCUUGAUUAAUGGCCCCUGCCCGGGACCUUCUAAUGUUUCUCCUUUGUCUGCGUUCUCUAUCUCUGGCUUCUCGGUAUCAUCUGUGGAGGAUAAAUUGGAUGGGGAUCAUUUUGUUGCUUCGUGUAAAAUUGUAAACAAUAAAAUACCCAUUCAAACCUACGCAUUGAUUGAUACCGGUUGCUCCGGGUUCGCAUUCAUUGAUGAAACAUUCGCGCGCCAUAACAACCUCCCAUUUCUUCCCCUUAAAUCACCCCGUACUCUUGAAGUCAUCUACGGACGGCCCAUAUCCUCCGGACAGAUUACCUACCUCUGCUACCUACCGCUAUCGAUUGACUCCCACCAUGAAACUAUCCCCUUCUUCGUCACUAAACUCGGCUCAUACCCACUCGUACUCGGAAUUCCUUGGCUCCAAUUACACGACGCCACAUUACGGUUUAAGGACAAUAGCAUACUGUUCGACUCCGAAUACUGCAAGCGCAAGUGCAACUCCUCCGUAACACCCGUUCCCAUCAGAGGGAUUACACCACCACCCCGUUUCCACCUCGUCAGUUCAGCGGCUCUCUGCCGCUUCGCUCGAAGGGACAAGCUCCAAAUCUUCAGUACAACUAUCGAGGAAAUAGACCGAGCCAUGGGCGAGCCCCUUAAGAAAGACUGGAGGAACCGAGUCCCAACCCGAUACAAGAGGUUCCAUAAGAUGAUGGACGAGAAGUUCGUUAACGAGAUGCCGCCUCGCCGCUCCUAUGACCAUAAAAUACCGCUUAAGGAAGGAAAGGAGUCCCCGUUUGGGCCACUUUAUGGUAUGUCCAGUGAGGAGCUCAUCGUACUUAAGCAAUACAUACAGGACAACCUCCAAAAAGGCUUCAUUCAGGCCAGCUCUUCGCCUGCCGGUGCCCCUGUCCUAUUUGUUAAAAAAGCCGAUGGAACACUCCGUCUCUGUGUCGAUUAUCGUGGCCUCAACGAACUCACUGUAAAAAACCGCUAUCCGCUGCCGCUCAUCCGGGAAACUCUCGACCGCCUCUCCAAAGCCAAGUGGUACACCAAGCUUGACCUUCGCCAAGGGUAUAAUCAGAUCUGA